CCUUCACCUUCGCGUCGUGCCUGCGGAACGGCUGGGUGUGGGACGCCGUGGGCUGCGCGUGGGACGGGUUUAGCGGCAGCCUCUUUGAGAAGAGUUCCAGCACACAUGCAUAUGUGAUGCAUGGUAACAUUUACCGCUAUGGUGAAAUGCAGAAAUGGAAAGGACACAGCCGUUUGCAUAUUCUCAGAUAUGGUUACAUGCACUUUGUCAUGUUUUCCAAGCUACUGACUUUUUUUUUUUAAAUGUCUAAAAAUUGUAACAGUUAAAAGCUUAGGACUUAUAAACUCAGUGUUUCUGAGUGAACAUCACAAGUAGAGAUUUCAUUACAGCAUCAGUACCUCGGAAGAGCCCUCAACCUAGAUCCAUACGGUGUUCUUUCCUCAGCUGUGGCCCGAAGCUUCAUCAGCUCCUAGGAUGGCGGAGCAGCUUCCCACAGAGUUUGAUGUGGUAAUAAUAGGGACAGGUUUGCCCGAGUCCAUCCUGGCAGCUGCAUGUUCAAGAAGUGGACAGAGAGUUCUGCAUAUUGACUCAAGGAGUUACUAUGGAGGGAAUUGGGCAAGUUUCAGCUUUACAGGUUUGCAGUCCUGGCUGAAGGACUAUCAACAGAACCAUGACAGCGAGGAAGGCAUGACCGCUGCAUGGCAAGACCUGAUCAAUGAAACAGAAGAAGCCAUUGCUCUUUGCAAAAAGGAUGAAACUAUUCAGCACAUAGAAGUCUUCUGUUAUGCUAGUCAAGAUGUGGAGGACAGCGUGCAAGACACCGAUACUCUGCAGAGAAGUUCCUCCCUAGAGGUAUCUGCUACUCCGGCUGACUCUCUAGAUUCUGCAAGCUUGCCCAAAGAAAGGCAGUCAGCUUACUCUACAAGCUAUGAAGUGCCUUCUAGACAUACAGAGGAAAGUGAUAGAGAGCUUUCACUAUCCUCAGCUAAUGUGGAGGACCCACUGGAGAAAGAAAAGUACUGUGGAGAUAAGACGGAUAUGCACACAAUUUCAGGUGAAGAUAAAGGUGAACACAAACUUGUUGUAGAAGACAGCAUUGAACAACCAAAGAGAAAUAGGAUUACUUACUCUCAAAUGGUUAAAGAGAGCCGGAGAUUUAAUAUUGACUUGGUAUCAAAGCUGCUGUAUUCUCAAGGGUCACUGAUUGAUCUUCUAAUCAAAUCGAAUGUCAGUCGUUAUGCAGAAUUUAAGAAUGUCACUAGGAUCCUUGCAUUUCGGGAAGGGAAGAUAGAACAGGUGCCUUGCUCCAGAGCAGAUGUCUUUAAUAGUAAAGAGCUCACUAUGGUUGAAAAGAGAAUGCUAAUGAAGUUUCUUACAUUCUGUUUAGACUAUGAACAACAUUCUGAUGAAUACCAAGAUUUCAAACACUGUUCAUUUUCUGACUACUUAAAAACUAAAAAACUAACACCUAAUCUCCAGCAUUUCAUACUACACUCAAUUGCAAUGACCUCAGAAUCAUCUUGCACUACAUUAGAUGGCCUUCAAGCAACAAAAAACUUUCUUCAGUGUCUUGGACGGUUUGGCAAUACUCCCUUUAUAUUUCCUUUAUAUGGCCAAGGAGAAAUUCCCCAGUGUUUCUGCAGGAUGUGUGCAGUUUUUGGUGGAGUCUAUUGUCUUCGCCAUAAAGUACAAUGCCUUGUAGUUGACAAAGACUCUGGAAGAUGUAAAGGACUCAUAGAUGCCUUUGGUCAGAGAAUAAGUGCCAACUACUUUAUUGUGGAGGACAGUUACCUUCCUAAGGAAACAUGUUCAAACGUGCAAUAUAAGCAGAUCUCCAGGGCAGUGCUCAUCACAGAUCAGUCCAUCCUGAAGACAGAUUCAGACCAGCAGAUUUCCAUUUUGGUAGUGCCUCCUCUGGAGCCAGGAACCACUUCUGUUCGGGUCAUGGAAUUAUGUUCAUCAACCAUGACAUGCAUGAAGGACAGCUAUCUGGUCCACCUGACCUGUUCCUCUUCAAAAACAGCCAGAGAAGACUUGGAACCUGUGGUGAAGCAGUUAGUCAUUCCUUUUGCAGAAGCAAAAGCAGAAGCAGACAAAGAUGAACUCAGAAAACCAAGACUCUUGUGGGCUCUUUAUUUUAAUAUGAGAGAUUCCUCAGGAGUGAGCCGAAGCUCAUACUGUGGCUUACCUUCCAAUGUGUACAUCUGCUCUGGGCCUGACUGGGGACUGGGGAAUGAGCAUGCAGUCAAGCAAGCGGAAACACUGUUCCAAGAGAUUUUUCCCAGUGAAGAGUUCUGCCCUCCUCCACCAAACCCUGAAGACAUUAUCUUUGAAGCUGAGGGUUAGCAACCCUCCAAACACAGAUGGAACUGACUACGUUCAAAACCUUAAUCUUCUGGCAAUCCUGGAGUUAGUAAUACACUCACCACUAAGCUAGACACCCCAAGGACAGUAAGAACUUUUAAAUCCUAUAACACCUUCAAAAACAAAAGAAAACACUGGAAAUGCUUCAUCCUGGCCUCAAAACAUUGCCAUAUGAAAGAAUAAGCAGCAGUAACUGUGUGAGAAACGUGUCUUCAACAGUGAGAUACUGGGUUCUGCUAACCUUUCAGCAACAGAUCUGUUGGUGACUCUGCUCUUUUGUUUCAGAAUUGGCUCCAGGAAUUCAGAAUCUUUGAAUGGUGUUCACUUUUAUUUUACUUUGGGGUCCCUCAUUAGCACCUUUGUUUACCUUAAGGUAAUAUCACACUUGCUCCUAUGUUUAGGUUUUUUUUUUUUUACACAAAAUUAAUGCCCAAGGACUAUUAUAGUUACUGCUGCCGCUACUGUUGUUGCUACCACCUCAUAUACAUAGAGGGACACAUAAAUCAUAAACUGGGAGGUUUUUUUUUUUUUUUUGUAUAUUACAUAACACAUAGAGAUGGUAGGAGUAGCAGCUAAUUCAAGUGCCAUGUGAUAAGUUUAGCUGUGCAUGCUGCUGUGUCUUCGGGUUGAUAAUGACAUGUGAAUUCAUUCACCUGCUUGACCGUUGGAACUCAGGAGGCAGUGAGACUACCCUAGCUGCCUACUUUAUAAGACAUACCUUUUAGUAGUCCAAGAAAUUCAUAUUUAGGAGAUUCAUCACAAUCUGGGCAUGGUGGCUCACUUGUGUAAUCCUGUCAUUCAGGAGACUGAGGCAGGAGGAUUGCUAUAACCCAAGCCAGUCAGGGCUACAGUGUUAAGACUAUUUCAAAACAAAACAACCCUCCUCCCACCAAAAAGAAGUACAUUAUAAAGAAAACUAAGGGAACAAGAUUUAUUCAGAAAAAAAUUUAUAGACUUGACAAUAUUUAACUCCCAACUCAGGCUAACAUAAAUUAAUAAAUUACCCCAGAAAAAGAUACCUCAGGAUAGAUAUUAAGAAAUUAUCAGAAAGGAAUUCCUGGGGAGGAACAGUGGUACAUCUUAAUGUGGUUAUAGAUAGCUUUAAAUUUUAGAUAGAUUUCCCCAUCAGGCUUCUCAGGGUGAAGCAUGCCACCUGGUUAGCUGGAAUUUCAUAAGCACUGGUAAUGGACAGAGGGUAUGACUACUACAUGUCUGUUACCUGGAGACGAGAAGUUUUCCUUCUAGGACUACAUGCUAUACCCCAGCAGUGAAAACCCUCUGAACUGUGGGAAGGGGACUACAGUGUGCGCUGAGUAUACUCUUACUCCUCUUUAGUGAGGAAAGCAGGGCCAGCCAUUCACACGAAUGACACAUGCUGAGAGUAGACAGCCAUUGAUUGGUCUUAGUGUUUGCUUUUUUAAUACAGCGAAGUGAAAACAUUGGGUAGAUCUUAAGGUUUAUAUCUAGCCUAACAACUGAAAUACCUGAAAUGACCUAAAAUAGCAAUUAAGAAAAUAACAAUUCUAAGAUCAGCAAAAUGGAUGGGUAAAAAGAGAGUAAUUCAAGCCUACUGUAUAAAGUCAGGACGACAGUCUAUUCCAGAGACAUUUAAAAGAGGUAUAGCUGUAAAAGAUAAACAGACAUUUCAAAAGACAGAACUGAAUGUAAUGGAACUAAAGAUUAGACUAGGCCAAAGUACUGUUUGUUUGUUUGUGUGUUUUAAACUAAGGAAGUGAGUACAUUACUUUAAAUAAUCACAAAAUAAAAAGUUGGAAGUGAGACAAACCAGUAAAAAGUAUUAAACCAGGAAAAACUAUUAGGAGUAUUAUCUAAUUUUCUAACAAGUUAGAAUAAGCUUAUUGUAGUUUCCAGAUGUUUAAGAAAUAAAAUCAUAAAUGCUGCUUUUCACCAAUUAUAUUUUAAGUCAAUGAGGGCUCCAUUCUAAAAAUCAAACAAAGGCCCUUAUUCUGGGUAGGUGGGAGCUGCAGAAUACAGUGUUGGCAAAGAGCUAACAUCAAACAAACACUUACAGUGACUCAGGAGUAGAGGGCUGUGUCCAACAGAGGAGCCAUACAUCUGCACGAACAGAACAGAACCCUUAGUACUAACUGCACCAACCAGAACCUUACUCACAUUUGCUUUAAUUAUGUUUGCUAAUGAUUUUGUAGGCUUUUCAUAAUAUGAUAAGCAACUACUUAAAACUUAACUCAAAUGUAUAUUGGGAAAGCAUGUACGAACCAUUUCUCAAGCAGAAAUGAAAGGCCUUGUUACUAUUUUCAUCUGUAUAUGGCUGAAAAAAUUGUCACUGGAAUAAAAAUGCAAAGUAAAGAUGCAGAAAGAAAUUAGUGCAAAUAUAUCUUAUUUCUAUGGCUUUAUAAUUUACAAAACCUAUAACAAAUAUAUUACAAACAGAAGAUAAUUUCACAAGUUGCAAAAUACAUAGUUACUUAAAAUCUCUAGAUUCCAACAGUGAUGGAAAUUUAAAAAGCGUCCGCACACACACAUACGUAUAUAUGUAUAUAUAUUUAAAAUGUUAUGUAACUAUAUUAGAAUAAUUUAAGAAAUAUACUAAAAUAGAAGGCUUAAUGAAGGAGCUAAAUUUAAAAUAUGAGUAUGCUCCCAUGAGACCUAUCUUGAAGAAAGUGCUAUAAACACAGAAAGACCUCACAUCAUUCACUACUGGCUGUGUGAUCCCAUAGCAAUCAUUCUCAGCUUCCAUUCACCAUCUAUAAAGUAGCUAUAAUACUUAACAGAAUUAUUGUGAAGAUCAGGUUGAAUAAUACAUAAGAACUCAUAUCUAAAGUAAUGCCAGCAUAUGAUAUUUGUAUGUAAAUGGUUUUAUUAUAAUAUCAUUUGUCAUACCAAGCUUAUGCUUUAUGUAAUUUGAGAGAAUUGAGAUAAGUUAUCCAGGAAAGUAAGCAGGGAAAGCUACCGUAAAUUUUAGAGGGGAAAAUACAGGGCUUUGCCCUUCAAGUCCUUAAGGCAUGAUAACUGUGCAACCUAUCUAAAUGUUCUGUAGUGCUGAGUUCAAGAAAGUUAAGACUAGCUAGGUAUCUGGAUGGAAGUAUUUAGAAGCUGCUCAUAGGAAGACUGCAUUAGUAUAGAGAUAGGUACUAGGUCCACUUUUCAUCAAGUAAUGCAGUUUAUUUGUAAGUGAAACUGUUGAGCAUAAACAUAAUAAGACUAUGAUUUUUACCCUAGUCAUGGUGCCAAGGAAUGUUCUGGCAGUGAACAUUGACAAGGUACAUCAACUAAACUUAAACUGAAAAAACAUAAAAAUAAACAAGGAGAGAAGGUGGGAUAAAAAAGCUGUUGCUAUUUCGUGGAGUUUUUUGUUUUGUUUUUGUUUUUAACUUUUACUUUAGUUUUUCAAGACAGGGUUUCUCUGUGUACCCCUGGCUGUCCUGGAGCUCUGUAGACCAGGCUGGCCUCAAACUCUAGGAGAGCUGCCUGCCUCUGCCUCCCAAGUGCUGGCAUUAAAGGUGUGUGCUUGGCUUGUUUUUAUUGAUAUUUUUAAGUGGGUGCAAAUUCUUUAGGCUUCCUGUUCUCCUUGUGCAUAGUAUAAAGUGAUAGGUUGCAAAUGAGAAAAAAAGAAGUAAAAAUAAUUUCUUUGAUCCUCAAAUUAAUAUGCAUUAAAAUAGAGUUUGAAGCAAUGUUGACUGAGUUCCUACUAUUUUGAAAUCUGCAUGAGUCUUCUCACAGUAACAUCAUGUAUUCAUAGUCAUUUUGAAGAACUACUUAGGAGAGUAACCAGACUGUUAUAACAGUAUUUUUGACAUCACUUUGAGUAGCACAUGCCCAGGAAAAUACUUAGAAUAAACUAAUGAAUAAAUAAGCUACUUUUAAACAGAUAUUCUAGCAAUUCCAUUUAUACAACUUUUUAAAAACGCCAGCUAAGAGAUGGAUAAAUUUUGCUGUGUUGCUUGUGUUAUUGUAGGCUUACAGAGAGUUAAAUGGCAUAUAUAUGAUUGUAUGGAAACAUGUCUGAGGAUCAGAAUGAUGUUAGUUUACACCAGAAAUUAUUGCGUGCUGAUUACAUUUGUGUAAAACUUUAGAACGCUACACUGAAAGGAAUCAGAAGGCAUGUAACUACAGGUUAAUGUAUAAUCUUUUUGUUUCUGUAAGAUAUUAGUGUGUAGAACUAAAAUAAACGAUUAAUUG